AUGGUGCAAGAAGGGGCUGUCCUCAAGGUCACCAGGGACCUGAAAGCUGCUGUCUCUGCCAUCCUCCAGGGAUAUGGGCAUGGGCAGCAGUCGGUGACAGAUGCCAGCGCUGAGCUGCACAGACUCUGUGGCUGCCUGGAGCUGCUGCUGCAGUUUGACCAGAAGGAGCAAAGGAGCUUCCUGAGACCUCGGAAGGAUUACUGGGACUUUCUCUGCACUGCUCUGUGGCAGCAGCGGGGGAACAUGGAGCCGGUCUGCUUCGUCCGCUCUCAGGACAAGUUGAAAACCCCGUUGGGGAAAGGGCGGGCCUUCAUCCGCUUCUGCCUAGCCCACGGACAGCUGGCUGAGUCCCUGCAGCUCUGCCUCCUGAACCCAGAGCUCACCAGGGAAUGGUAUGGCCCCCGGAGCCCUCUGGUGUGCCCUGAACUCCAGGAAGACAUCCUGGACUCUCUCUACGCUCUCAAUGGGGUGGCCUUCGACUUGGAUCUGCAGCGGCAAGACCUGGAUGGGGCCUGGCCCAUGUUCUCAGAGUCACGCUGCUCCAACUCCAAGCAAACCCAGGGAAGAAGACCCAGAAGGACCAAAGUUUCCCCAAAGGAGAUCACAGCUGCAUGUGGAGGCCCCAAAGAAUUCCAUAGGGAAGAGCCACACUCCACCCAAGCCAGCUGUUUGGGAGAUGCACCCAGGGAAGACUGUGUGAUGAGACUUCCUGGAUCCCAGCUCCACAGGCAUCUUAGCCCCCUUUUGGAAAGGAAGAGAGAUCUCAGGAGCGCCAGAGCCCCCCAAAGUAUGUGGGAACCUGAGGAGGAGGAGGAGCUUCAGCAAGACCAAAGCAAGGGAGCCCCAAGGCCUGGGAUUUGCCUACAGAACUCACUAUCUAGUAUCCAGGAACAGGGGGAGGGGAAUAACAGAGCUCCAAAGGCGGUAAUAGGGACAGAAGCCAAGGGCAGAAGACUCAUUCUAGGAGCAGAAGGUCAGAUUCCAAUAGAGGAAACUCAUGACGGGGAAGCAGAGCAGUGUCAUAUCCAGGAGCUGUCAGCCUCCAACCCAAGACAGACAAGAGAGGAAGCAACAUUGAGAAGCAGGCAGCAGGCAGAAGUGCUUAGCAUCCUGGGGGAGCCCUGGGUCCUUCAGGGCCUGGGAAAAUGGGACAGCUUCACCACAGGAAAGCCACAAGAGCAGGCAGCAGUGACCAGUGUGGCCAGGAGAGAGGAGCAAGCAGAGGCACCCUUGCAGGAUCUGGUCAAGAGCCUCAGACAUCAACUUUGGAAGGUCAAGGAGCUGGCCCAGCACCAGGAACAGCUGCUGAGGGAGCAGGAGGGGGAGCUGAAGGGCCUGCAGGAGCAGCUCAGCAGGUGUCAGGAAGAGAGAGCUCAGCUGCAGGCAGAGGCAGAAUGGAAGCAACAGGAAGCUGAGAAGAGGGCCACCAAGUACCAGGAGGAGCUUGGAGGGCAGCAGGACCUGGUCCAGGCCAUGAAGAGGCGGGUGCUGGAACUGAUCCAGGAGAAGGACAACCUGUGGCAGAAGGUCCGGCAUCUCUCUUCUGUGGCCCCUCAAUGCUGUGUCAGCUGCAGCAAGAUCUUGGGUCGACUCUCUCGGCGGUAUCCAUGCAGGCUCUGCGGAGGCCUGGUGUGCCAUGCCUGCUCUGCGGAUUACAAAAAGAGAGAGCACUGCUGCCCACUCUGUGUCCAGAAAGGAGAUGCCCAGGCCACCUGA